ACUCAGAAGACUGAUAUCAAUGUAUAAACAUUCUAUCAACAUUCUGCUGUAAGCCUAGUAGCAGUCGUUUGUGAUUGGCCAGAACUGGCAUUUAAAGAUCAGUCUUCUGUCCCAGUCCACUAUUGGAUUGGGUCUUUGUAGUUGUCAAUCUUUAGGUGCAUUUUAGUAGAGGUGCAGUUGAUAUGAACUUGGAAGUUCCACAUAUUCUGGACUGUGCAGCUCGUAUUUAUCUCACCGAUUUUUUAUAUUUUUUAUAAAAGGAUUCCGAAGUGUAAAAAUAUAUAUUUUUUAAAUAACACGACAUCGCCAUGGAUUCUCUUCUACUUCUUCACGAGGCUGCUGAGUAUUUGGAAAGAAGAGACAGAGAAGCAGAACAUGGUUAUGCGUCCGUUUUACCUUACAAUAGCGACUUUUCCAGAAAGAGAACGAAAGCUUCAACAGUUUCAAGAAAAACGCAGAAUAAUCGGUCAUCACAUAAUGAGCUUGAAAAACACAGACGUGCCAAACUGCGGCUCUAUCUCGAGCAGCUGAAACAGCUGGUGCCCCUGGGGCCGGACAGCACCAGACAUACCACUCUGAGUCUACUGAAACGAGCCAGGAUGCACAUCAAGAAAUUGGAAGAGCAGGACCGAAAGGCUUUAAACAUGAAGGAGCAGCUUCAGCGAGAACACCGCUACCUCAAGCGUAGACUGGAGCAGCUCUCUGUACAGGGCCUGGAGAGAAUUCGCAUGGACAGCAUGGGAUCAACCAUCUCCACCGACUCUGAGCAGGGUAAAGACGCCUUGCUGUUCCUUAAAAGCCUUGUUGGUCAGUGUGGAAGGCCUCGAAAUGACACACAGAGUUCAGAUGUGGAUAUUGAGGGGAUGGAGUUCACGCCAGGGGAGAUGGACAGCUUAGGCAGCAUCAGUGACGGCGAUGACCACUACAGUGUCCAGAGCAGCUCGAGCGACGCCAGCUUCUCACAUUCCUGCAGGCUACAGGCCAGGCCCUCAUAGUACGGCUGGACCGAACUCCCCAGCACAGGACCUCCAAACUGAAGACGCUUACACAGCAACACCGCAAACAGCAACAACAAAAAAAUUAUAAUUAUAUUCCAGAGGUGUCAAUUGCCACUCUUCCAGGAAACCAACCCCAACCACAGAUACUCUAAAAAGUUAGAUUUCCUUUCCCACAGUCCUCUCUGCUUUGUGACCACAGAAUCAGAUAGAAGAGCAAUGUAUGGUUUUAGUGGUGAGGAUUGUGGUCUGGUGUACAGUUUUGACUUGGUAAUAUAUCAUGUGAAAAAAAGGAAAACUGCUGUGCACCAAGCAGUGCAAAAUCAGAAAGAAAUUGGUAAUGUAGGUACACAAAAAUGUGAAUAAUUGAUUCUGAUAUAAUAGAUUUUUUUUUUUAUCAAUUCAAAUUUGUGUGUACCUACACAACCUUUUUCUCUUUGAUUUUAUGGACUUACUUACUAUCGAAACACAAAAAAUGCUGCACCAGCAUGUAGAGCAUUUAGAGCAUUUUCCAGCACAAGGGAUUUCAUGAUUGACCUGUCCCUGGAUAUCCUGUACUGUUCAUGUACUGUAACCCACAUCCCUGGGAUUGUAAAAUGCUUUAAAAAAGGCUGUGAUAUGUUCUGGUGGGGAAUUCUGUCUCAGCUGUUAUAUGAUCCCCCAGGGUCCGCAGAGUACAUCUUCUUUGUAUCCCACCCCUCUGGGAUCGUCUUCAUACUGCAGCUUGGGCAGUGUGUUUUUUACGUUCACAGCAGUCGACAUUGGAAAUGUGUCUCUCUCUCUCCCUCUGCAAUAUUAAGGUUCUGUGGAGGCAGGAUGCAUUUAUACCCUCUCCGUCCUAAAGAAAAAGGGACUUAGACGUACACACACAGAUGGAAUCAUGUCUUAAUAAUAAUAAUAAUAAUAAUAAUAAUAAUAAUUGAUGUCCCACUAAUGAUUACCACUUGCUUUGGUCAUGAAAAGCACUCAAUAUUAACAUACAAUGUAUAGAAUAGUACUAAAAAGUUACUGAAAUGCAGAGCAAAUCUUUUUCAAGCUCAAAACUGUACAGAAAAAAUGAUUAGCCUUUAACAGAGGCUUAAUCUUAAUCUUAAAUCUUGAUCAUUUUUUGAUUAUUUAAUUGUUUUCUUGCAUUUUAGAGUGGGUGUAGUUGUACCAGCAGUUUAUAUGACUUUGUGAGGUUCAUUCAUGCUGAGUAAGACGGGAGAAUCUGGGCCCCUCCAAGAUGGAGGAGGGGUAGGUGCAUUUUUAUUUCGUUUUUUCUAAUUUGCUUUCCUCCAUACACAGUAACUGCAUUUUUCAAAAAGCAAACGCAUUUGCUUAAACAAUAUUUGCAUAGUUUUAACUCUCACUCUCUUUGCAGUCUCUGGGUAUUACAUAUAUGUUUAGCAGUACAGUAUAGGCAUAUAGUAAAAAAACAAAUGUGUGUGGGGGGAGUGUGAGCGCUCUUUUGCACACCACAUUCAGUAUUCACAUGGGAGCAUUUUCAUUUUAAGAUUGUAGCAAAACAACUAAAACUACUACUGCUACUAAACAUGUGUUUUUGUGCAGCAUAAGCUUGGUUCAGUCAUUAGAGUAUGGCCUAUAAUGGACCAGUCUUUUGAGAAAGGUCUCCAUUUUUUUUAAAUAAAAUAAUUAUACAAAAUUAAAUGCUAGAAAACACUUUUAGACAUGGGGUUUUUUUUAUUUUAAGCAAGUGUAGUCUGUUUCCUGUAUGAAAGUUUGUAUUAUAUUUUCCUAAAUGUUCUCCAAAAAUCAGACUUGUAUAGGGGAGGGUGGGGAUGAUAAAGACCCAGACCUAGAACCAGAGUCUCAGGGACUCUUUGCCAUUGUUAUAUUGUGCCUUGGUGUUAAUGGAAGCCCUUCUUUUUGUUCAAUAAGGCAGCUACACUCCGUUUUAACGAACAGGCUUUAUCAAGACACCUGUAUCGUAAUUUUCACGUAGGUUUAACACCAUUUAAAAUAUCCUGCCUGUACAGAUUCAGUCUUGGAGAGAAAAAAAAAAAACUAGAUCAGCUAAAAAAGGUGCAAUAAAAGUGAGUUGAAUUGGUAAAGGGCAGCAGUGUGGAGUAUUGGUUAGGGCACUGGACUCUUGACCGGAGGGCCGUGGGUUCAAUCCCAGGUGAAGUACACUGUAGGUGUAGAUUACAGCAGUGUAAUAACUUAUCACUGCAGUUAAAACUGAGUUGGCUUCUCAUGUGGGCCGUGGGAAAUGUUAGCAGCUUUUUCAAGAGGCCCUUGCACUAGCCAGUAAAUACCAGAUUAUGAUCUGUCUUGAAUUGCUGUAGGGUUUGCAGUGAAUAUCCUUGCAGUAUGAUUGCUGCAGUCUUCAGGGUGCAGGUGAUUCUGAUCGGGUCUGGCUGUAGAACAGAGUUUAGCUGCCUUCCCUUCUACCCUGCGGCCCAAGGUGCCCUCAUUGGUGGUUGUGUAACACCAAACGAAUGGUAUCGUAAUGGCAGCUUGAAGUCCUUGUUUUGCAUUGUCGCCUACCACUUGAAUAACUUUUUGUUUGUUUUCUUACGUUUAUGAUACUCCUCUUGUCUGUUUUAAUAGGGAGGGGGGAGGGGGAGUAAAAUAAAAACAAUGGCAGCUGAAAAAAAAAACCUUUUUUUUUUCUUUCUGUGAAGCAUGUUCCAGUAUUGUAUGAAUGUAAACCGCAUACAAAAAUAAAACCCUCUCUUUUAUUUUUUUAGAGAGGAAGACUCAGCAAUAUUAAGAUUAUAGUGUUUUUGGCUGACAGGUUGUGGAACUGUUUUAGCUCCUUAUAUUGAAGAGUUGACACUGUUGUCAAGUAAAGCAACAUGACUGUUAAUCUGAGCAAAUGCCAAUUUUCUUUACUUUAGUUCAUUUAUUUGUCUAAUGAACCUGGGUGAUUUGUAAAUCGAAAAAAAAAAACUCUUGCACAGAACCUCCCACCUUUGACAAAAGAAAAUCUUAUUAAAAAGUAGGUAGGUUGGCUUUUGCUUUUUUAAUAAGCUGAUUUACUUGGGUUUGAGAAAACUGGUUGGUUGGGGGGGGGGGGGGGGGGUACCAUAAUGAAAGUUAGUCUGUAAAGUUCCCUUAUUGUCAUCCAGUACAAUAAUGUUUCAGUCCGAUCCCCUUGAAACUUUGCUAUCUUAUAUUUGAAAUGUCCUACAACAUUUAAAAAAAAAAUCUAUGUUGCUUCAUCCCUGGAAAAAUUGAAAUUGAAAAUGACCUUUUUAACACUAUUUGACACUUUUCUGAAUAACACCAAGGCUAAGAAUAUCAGCGAGUAGGUAAGAAGGGUAAGGAGUAAGGAAGGGAGAACAUGGUAAAUCAGAAGUUAAAGGGACAGUAUACUGCAGGGUUCCCUAUCCUGGUCUUGGGGGACCCCUGUGUGUGCUGGUUAAUUCCAACUCAGUUCUCAAUUACUUAAUCAAACCCUUAAUUGAACUAAUAAUGUGCUUAAUUAGACCUAAAAAGUGUUCAAGUUACUUAUACAAUUGUAUAGUUAACCAAUCUACAACUGUUUAAAAGCUGAAAACAAUUUAAAAGGUCUAAUGAAGGUAAUUAAGGGUUCAACUAAGUAAUUGAGAACUCAGUUGGAUUGAAAACACAGGGGUCCCCCUGGCCCAGGAUUGGGAACCCUGGUAUACCGUAUAGUAAAGAAAUUUUAAAAAGGCACCUACUUUUUCUCUCUCUUUUCCCCCCUCUCAAUAAAUAAAAUAAGUAUAAAGGUAUAAAGUGCUUAAUGCACAUAACUGCGCUCCUGCCAGAAUGUUAUUUACCCUGGCAUCCUGCUCUAUAUCCAAAACAUUAUUUCAAAUAAUUAGCUGUACACUGGUCCUUUUAUUAAUUCUGCUUAUCGCUUUCUAGUAAAGUUUCUGCUGUGCAGGUUGAUUUGACUCUCAUAAUGCAGUUUAAUGUUGAAGGAGGUUCAGGCCCACUGGAGUUGGGUGGCCACUGACCUGAGAUUAUCUGUGUUGUGGUGGUGGGUGGUGUGAGAGAGGAGGGAGGGAGGAGGGAGGGAGGAGGGAGGGGGAGGGACGAGGGACGAGGGAGAGGGAGAGGCGGGGGAGGGGGAGGAUGGGUUGUAAGAGAUCUUGGCGAUUUUUGCCUGACGAACACUGGGAGGGUGGGUUCUGUGCCAGAGACCUGUGAAUAUGUAUCUUUUUAGUAAAGGAAAGCUUCAUGGAUCUUAAGAUGUAUAAUAUUGUAUAAGUUCAUUUGUACACACAUACAUAACUGGUGCUCAAUACAAGCAAUAUGUAGCACACUAAAGGUAUUGUGCUGUAUCAUUCUUUCAUUGUAAUAUAAAUAAAGUUUUAUACAACA